AUGCGCGCCUUCGGCGUCAUGCUCCCCGCGAGGGCUCCCGCCGGCAUGCCGCGCGGACUUGUCCUGCCGCCCCGCCGCCCCGCCCUUCGCCUCCGCUCCGGAACGGCGCCCCGAUCGGCCCGAUCGGCCGCGAUCCCAGCCGGGCUCCGGAGGCCCAGGAUGCCGGGGGCAGUCGCUGAACUACAGCGCGAGCGGGUUCGAGGAGGAUUUGGGGGCCCCGUUCGAGCGGUCCCCGGUGGGGCCUCAAAGCCGCAGCAGGAGGAGCCGCCCUCUCGGGCCGGGCAAACCGCGGGCACGCCUACCUUGGGCAACGGUGGAGAGGUGGUCAAUGGCGGUGAUGGGGGCAUUGGGGGUAAUGUACAGGCGCCCCAGGCGCCCGUGCUCGGCCAGACUCGGCCAGAGCUCCGGGAAGACGACCCGCCCGCCCCGGUGGCUCGGACGAUCGGCAUCAACGAGGAAAGGCCGGCCUGCGAUCUGCGGCCGGAGUGGGGUGCCGGGACGAUCCUGCCCGCUUCCACGCUGGACCUAUACAAGCUCAAUCUCGCCCCGUUUAUGAGCAGUGAGUACCGCUACACCCGGGACAGCGUGCAGGACUACCGGAAGAGCAUUGGUCUGCCGCCCCUAAAAGAACCCCUGGACGCGUUCAGGGUCGGCGUGUGGUGCAGCCUGGGGGAUUUUUUGAAGGCGGCGGUCGGCGGCAAGGCAAAGGCGGCGGCAAUGGCUUCAGGCGCGAGCGACGCGGAUUCGAACGCCGCCGCGGCGAAGGCGCUGGAGCCGAUCGCGCCGUUGAUCGAAGCCACCAGCGCGCCGUUCAAGUACGUCACGGACCGGCACGUCCACAUGCUCCCGGAGCUGGGGGGGAGGAAGGGCCAGCGGGUGCUGUACAUUGGGAACGAGGACCCGUGGGGGGAGGGGGCGGAAGUGCACGCCCUGAAGCGCGUGCUGGUGGACCUGAGCCGCCGCGGCGCCCACCUGGACAAGAACAAUGUCUACGCGCUGGUGAAUGCCGGCGGCGGCCCAGAGCAGGUGGCGGCCGGCAACGGCAUCACGCACGGCGUGACCCACGGAGGACGGAUUUCGCUCGCCUGGAAUGAUGAGCUCGAAAGGGUGCUGGAAAAGAGGGGCGAACCGGAUGUGGCCGAUUUGGAUGGAUUGAAGAUCCUGUGGUACGACCAGCCCGCGAACUAUGCUGGCAACCCGACCACGGUGGAGGACGACUCCCCCUGCUGGUGGUCGCUCACGGUGUUCGACCCCUCGACGAUCGCAUGGCGCGGCGCGGAGGGCGGGGAGAUGCCGGACACGGACACUUUCAAGGCCUGGGCGGAGAACACGGAGAUGUGGUCGGCGCUUGACGCGCUGGUCGUGCCCUACCCCGAGGACACGGCCGAGGACCGCAUGGCGGGGCGGAGGACGUUUUCGCGCAACCCGGUGGAGAUCAAGAAGGCAACGGACCUGGGGCCGUGGGCGGAGGCCGUGCUGGGCGCUGCCUGCUCGCCUGAGGGCGAAGCAACCAGGAGCGAGGCUAUGGACACUCUGGCCGGGUAUGCAGAGUACUGCGAGGAAGGAAAAGUUAAUGUAAAAAAUGCGGGCCUUAAUGUGGUGCUAAAUAGGCGCAGCGUGGAAGAGGGGCGGAUUAGCGAGGCCGCUUUCAGGAGGUUAGAGGCCAUGGCCGCGGAGUUUGAGGGCCGGAGUCCCGAGGAGGCCUGGGGGGUGUUAGCGGACAAGGGGUACGUCAACGCGGAGCAGAUGACCAACAUCCGGUACAGGGGGUACCACAGGCAGAGGCUGCGGGUACUGGAUGACCGGGUGAGGCCGUGGACGGAUUAUGGGCCUAAAGGGGUGGAGACGGACCCGGGGAGGGACGGCUGCGGGCUGUUCACACGGCCGGUUACGGUCGUCACGCUUUUCGCGCACUUUAUGGCGAGUAACUUUCCGAGAGAGGAGGUCGGGAAGGGAUUUGCGGCAUCGCUAAAUGGGGUGCUGGGAAGGCCGGAUGGGGAUCCAGCUCGAGCGGCACUGGUUGGGAUGUUGCAGGCUGAAGGAUUGGGGGAGGAUGAGACUGGGAAGCUGGCUGGGGCCCUGGCGGCCGAUUUUCAAGGGGCGUUUAUCCAGGUGCAGAAGGGGCAGUUGCAUGAGAAGCUUCGGUACAACAAGAUGGACGGUGCGGACAAGAAGAAGGUCGACCACUACAUCGAGGCCUUCACGAAGGUGGUGACGGACAGGAGCCUGACUCGCGACGCCGCGGUGGUGAGCAUCAAGGAGCUCAACGAGGAGUUUCGCGAUGUUUUCUUCCCUUCGCUGCUGGGUAAGAUGGGUGACACCAAGGAGGACGCGGACAGCCGGGGACUGCAGUUCUACUCGCCGCUGCAGGGCAUCGAGGGCCCCAAGGGUGCGCCGUUCAUGCCCGAAUACGUCGGCCACCAGCACCUGGCUUUCAUGGUGAAGGAUCGGUACCGGACAUCCGAGUAG